CGCUGUGCAGGCUGCUGACGCUAUCACGUUUCAACAGUCUGCCCACCUUGCUAGAACUUUCCUGCCAGCACAAACAUUGAGCCCACCUGCAGCGACGCCAUGGCAACCGAACGCAGCUUCUCCGACAGCUUCAUAGACGAAGACCCACAGAAAGCUCUGCAGGCACUAAAUGAAGCAUUGCAAGGAGAGUCGGACAACGCUGAGUGGUUCUGUCAGCGAGCCUAUGCCCACAUACUUCUCAGAAACUACAGCUGUGCUGCUGAUGAUGCCAAAAUAGCCCAGCAGCUCCAACCAAACCUCCCUCUUGCUUUCAUCCGAACAGGAAUAGCAGAAUACCACCUGAACCACUUUGAGUCAGCACACGCAGCUUUCACGCAGGGACAACAACUGGAUGGGUCUGAAAAGUCCUUUGAGAUCUGGAUCAAGCGCUGUGAGGAGAUGAUGGGGGAGCGGACACAGUUCUGCAGCGGCAACGAGACACCUGCGGUUCCACCUGUGAAACACGACUGGUACCAAACAGAGUCUCAAGUCAUCGUCACAGUCAUGGUUAAAAACGUUCCCAAGGAUGGUGUGUGUGCCAACUUCAUGGAAAAAGAGCUCUCUGCCUCGAUAGGGCUGACAUCAGGGGAGAACUACGACCUCAGCUUCCAUCUCCUCCACCCCAUCGUCCCCCACCAGAGCAGCUUCAAGAUCCUCAGCACCAAGGUGGAGUUCAAGAUGAAGAAGACAGAUGCCAUCAGAUGGGAGAAGCUGGAGGGAGAAGGACAGGAGUCCAACAUCAAACACUUCAAUCCCAACCAGUACCCGACAUCGUCUCACUACACCCGUAAAUGGGACAAGAUCGUGGUGGAUAUCAGCGAGGAGGAGAAAAACGAGAAGCUGGAGGGAGAUGCAGCGCUCAACAAGCUCUUCCAGCAGAUCUACUGCGACGGCACAGACGAGGUCAAACGAGCCAUGAACAAGUCUUUUAUGGAGUCAGCUGGUACGGUCCUGAGCACCAACUGGAAAGAUGUGGGCAAGAGAAAAGUUGACGUCAGCCCACCGGACGAUGCAGAGUUUAAGAAGCCCAUGGACUCUUAAAUGGAUUCAGAUGUGACUGACAGACGUGAACUUUUCGAUCCGGAACAUUAUUUUUUUCGUUCUCCCUUCGGCCUCUCAUCAUUUUUUCACAGCCCUCCAUUCAGGAACAUUUCAUGUCUUCUGUUUUCAGCGCUUGUAUAAAAACUGUAAAAUUGUUUUAAAAAAAAACAAAAAAAACAUGAGAAGU